UAAAAGGAAUUCAACUAAAAGGAGAAAAUGUUUAGAUGAGCGGCCGGCCAUAAUCCAGCUCGGACAAUCAGCUGAUUGGGACUCUCUUCCUUCUCGAAAACAAGCUGCCGCUGCCACCCGCAGCCGCCGUGGGAGCCGGAGUGGCCAUGGAGACGGUGGUGAUUGUGGCCAUCGGGGUGUUGGCCACCAUUUUCCUGGCCUCCUUCGUGGCCCUGGUGGUGGUGUGCAGACACCGCUACUGCCACCCUCACGACCUGCUGCACCACUUCGACUCCAAACCCACAGUGGAUCUGAUCGGCGCCAUGGAGACGCAGAGCGAGCCGUCGGAGCUGGAGCUGGACGAUGUGGUCAUCACCAACCCACACAUCGAGGCCAUCCUGGAGAACGAGGACUGGAUCGAGGACGCCUCUGGAUUGGUCUCUCACUGCAUCUCAAUCCUGAAGAUCUGCCACACUCUGACUGAAAAGCUGGUUGCCUUGACGAUGGGUUCAGGGGCAAAGGUCAAAGCCCCAGCCAGCCUGAGUGAUAUCAUCACCGUGGCCAAACGCAUCAGCCCGAGGGUGGACGACGUGGUCCGGUCCAUGUACCCUCCUCUGGAUCCAAUCCUCCUGGACGCCAGGGCCACCGCUCUGCUCCUCUCAGUCAGCCACCUGGUGUUGGUCACCCGCAACGCCUGUCACAUGUCCGGCAGCAUGGACUGGAUCGACCAGUCACUCAAUGCGGCCGAGGAUCACAUGGUGGUUCUGCGUGAAGCGGCGCUGGCCUCCGAACCGGAUCGAAUCAUGUUUGGAGCUGACGCACAGAGAGAACAGGCCAUCUAGACGCCACAUACUGACACAUGAAGGGCGUGAAAAUAUGUACAUUUUUAUCCUUGGCCUUUUGUAGUCAAAUGAUACUUAACAGGUACAGUGUUGAAAAUCUCACCAUCCAGUCUAAAUUAAUGAGGACACUUCUGAUACUGAUGGAUGCAGGGACUUCACUUUGCCCUUCAUUUUCACAACUCACUUUAACAAAAAAAACCUUUUGAAAUAGUUUCUUUAUCAUAUUUGCAGCAGAAAGUUAUAAAGUCACAUUAGAUGUCACACAUUCAGCCACAGGUGGGUUUUUUGUAUGUAACCCUGCAGCAGAUCUCCGUUACAGUCAGUCUGUUUAAGCUGCCUGGGAGGGAAAGGGCCUUUGGAAAUGUCUUUUUCUCGAGUGCGCCAUCACCCAGCGGUGGGCCUAAAUCCAAUCUCACCAGCACUGCACAGUCACAUGGAGGCUUAGUCAGCUAAUCCAUUCUGAGGAAAAUAACAUCCAGUUAGCCAGUGAACCCAAAGGGGUUCCGACUCAGUGGACCAAUGGAAGACCGACCUGACUUAUUUAGCGUCAGCGUGACUUGUGGAUGUUCUGAAACAUCCCUCGGACACUCUCAGGCUGUUAGAGAUCACCGGUCUGUGAGCUGUAAUCACACAACAGCAGUCGUUUUAGCCACAUCAGCAGCAGAGAAAGAGUGUUUUUUUCCAGCUGGGUAAUUCCCCUUUGUCCCAUUGCUGUGCUGUAUUAUGAUUAACUGUUAUUGAUGGAGAACACUGAAAUAUCUCAAUAUCUGCUUAAUGGAUUAGAACAAAAAAAUUGAUGGAAAUUCAUGGUUCCCAAUGGAUGGAGCCUAAUGAUUUGGUGAUCCCCUGAAUUUUAUUCUAGUGCAAGCAUAUCCAAACUCCCCAUAAAGGGCAGGUUGGCUGUAGGUACUUGGUUCAACUAAUCAAGAGUACUAGCCGGGGAGUCGGAUAAAUCUGCUUCGCUCGUGUUUUAUUUGCUUUGGCAGAUGCUUUUGGUCCUCUGACAGGCCAACCAGUACCGUUUAUCUCACAGGCUGCAGGUUUAUUACAAUGACUUGUGUCCAGCUCAGCCCAACUCAAGUCAAGCUGUCAAACUAGGCAGUGCAGAUUAUUUAAGAAUCAAUAUUCAGUUACUGCAUUGCCUAUUUUUUCAGCAACACAUUUUCACGUUCAGUAUUAGCUGUAGUUUGAGAACGUUUGUAACCAGACCUCUGAUAGGUCGUAGAUCUACUAAGAGACAUUUUGGUUUGCAGCCACUGAAGACGAAAAUGAACUGAAAGCUUUGGGACGGCUAAAGAGCACACCUCGUUUCAGCUAAUAAGCAAUUUGAAGGCUGAGAUCAGUUGAUUAAAGAAAACCUGCAGCCCUCAACAACUUGGACAACCAUGAAAUUUGGCACAGAUAUUCAUGAACCCUGCAGGAUGAAUCAUAAUUACUUUGCUGAUCAAUUUUCAUACAGUGGCAGUCAUUUUCAUACAGCUCAGAACAGAUCGGGAGCCUAAAGGAUGCUAGGUGAAUUCAAAAUGAACAGCCAUUUUUUUUAGAGGGUUAGGGUGCAUUUAAGUACAACUAAACACAUUUUUAAGCAAGUAAAAUGUUGCAGUGAAUUUGAUGAACUAAAAACACUGUGAAAGACAAAAAUACACAGUGUGCCAUGGUCGCAACCUGUCAGUCUAAAUGUAGCCCCGCCCCCUGCUUUAUCGUCUAUUUUACUCUAAAUGGGACCAUAAUUUACAAAAUGAACAUCAUGCUGGAUUGAAGAACACUUGAAACUAGCGAUUGAGACCAUAAACUCAUUAGGAAAAUGCUUACUGAGAUAAUGAAUCAAGUGAGAAGCAGGGGCGUUUUCUCAUAGGCUUCUAUGCAGUCUGACUUCUUUGUGCAAUUAGAGGAGUUGCCUCCUGCUGGUUGUUAGAAAGAAUGCAGCUUUAAGGCACUUACACUUUCAGACCCAGAGGCUAAUUAUUAGCAUAUUAUCAUCUUGAUUGCAAGCAUGUUAGCAUGCUGAUGUUAGCAUUUAGCCUGUGCAAGUGUUGUUUUUUCUCCUGGAUGAUUCUGGAAAGUCAAUGCUGGACAGUGAGUCAAGAAACACUUGUUCUUUAAUAUUGACAAUAAUUUAAAAAACAAAAAAAUCUAAAAUUUGCAAGAAAAUUCAACUGUAGCUACUGUUUCUAUCUACAUUCGUCCAGGAAAAAAGGAUAUUACACAAAUAUCAAAGAAGACAUUUUAAGUACAUCACCAUUAGCUGUUGAAAGGGUUAUUUUAUCAAAAAAUAUUGCGCUGUCACACACUAUAGAGAGAAACAGUAUGUGUUUAUGUGUUGUGAUGAGGAUUUGAACAUUGUGUUGAUUGAUGUGAAGCAGAAUUAGCGUGUUGUUUUGGGCCAGAGGGAUGUUAUUGGAGCAUGUCUACCUGCUCUCCCAUGCAUAGCUAAUAGUGAAUCCCAAAGGAGUCCUAAUAAGGCAUUACCCUCAGCCACAAUGAACACAUGGGCUUAAGCUACAGUACACAUGGCACAAACCUUUGUACACACAAGGCCGGCAGACAAAUCAGUACAUCGUAUGACACACGACUGUAAAACACACAUCACAGAGUCAGGUUGAGUUCAGAUUUUUGGGGACAAUCAGGAGGGAAAAGCAGCCGUUUUUUUUAAAUAUUAAAAGUAAGCAAAAGCUCUGAGCAUGCAGAGAUGUUUUGAUAAAAAGAUAUCGAUCGAGGUGGAAACCUUUAGAAAGUGGUUAGCCUUUUUUUUUCUUGUUUACAUUGUUUAUUAGCAUUGAUUUUUUUUUAUGCACUCUGUUUUUUUUCCUUGUCCUUGUACCACAGUUUGUUACUGAUGUCCUUCCCUCACUCUCACACAUCUUUUUCCUUUAUAUCUUUCAUUGAUUUGUACAGAUAAAAUUAUGUUUCAUAGGAAAAUGUGUUUUUUGUUGGGGUUUUUUUUACUCUGAACAAUAGCUACAGAGAAAUCCAUGUCUGAUAAAAAGUCCACACACUCAUACUAAUUUGACAUAAAUAAAAGUGAAUUUCUUUCCUCUUUUUA